AUGGAAGAAGCUGGCAAGCUAGGAACCGCGCUUGUCCAGCAGCGAAAAGAGCUGGCACAGCGACUGAAGGAGGUCGAAAAGCUACAGGCUGAAGGAGACCUGACUGAUGAGCUGCGCACGAAGCUUGCCGAGAUUGAAAAGGAAUACAACGAUGUAGCACGGGAAACUGCGCGGGCUUUUCUGCCGAAGCAGAGAGUGCCCAGUAAUGAGGCCGCUGGAGGUUCACCAUAUGUACCGGAAGGUCGCGGCGGAAGACGUUCCGUCAGUCCAUCGAAAUUCGAGAGCCAAGCCACAGGAUCACCGACAAAGCUCAGCGUCCCGAACCGAAAGAUAAGGAACCAACCCUCGAACCGGGUGCACGAUAUCGAAUUCGCAGCAGAGAUCAGCACCUCUCUGCUCGCCCAGGUCCGCAACCUGCAGGCGCUUCUCGCCGAGAAGGAUGAGGAGCUCCGCGAUACGAAGGCCGAGAAGUCUAGGCUCGAGAUCGAGACGGAAGGGUUCCAGCAACGGGUCAAGACCCUCGAUGAAAGCGAGCAUCGUUAUAAGGACGAAAACUGGAACCUGGAGACGCAGAUCCACGAGCUGAUGGCCUCCCAGAAAGAGGGCACAGAUCGCGAGAAGAAGAUGACCCAGGCUCUGAACAUCCUCCAGGCCGAAAAGAACCAGGCCCAGAAGGAACUCGACGAAGUGAAGCUCUCCCACGCGAAGUUGGCCGAGGAGCACGAAGCCUCCAUCAAGCAUCACGAUAUAGAGCUCGGCACGGCCAAACGCAGCGCCGCCCUCGCAGAAACCGAGCGCACAACUCUGCAACGCAAGAUCGAUGACUUGAUGGGCCAGAACCAGGAACUUGCCAAGGCCUUCUCGUCUCAACGCGGACGAGGCCUCGAGCGAGACCAUCAUAUGGGUAUGAGCGACGAAGACUUCGAGACCGCGAACGAUAAUGUCACACCGGAACACUCACCCCCUCCCUCGCCCAUCAAGGGCACUCCACGCCACUCUGUUCUCGAAUCCGAAACCCUCAAGACGUCCCUUCUUCAUGCUCAGCGAACCAUCCAAAGCCAGCGAUCGCAGUUGCACCGCGAGAAGACUGAGAAGCUCGAGCUCAAGAGGCUCCUUCAGGACAGUCGCGAUGAGCUCGAAAGGUCUCGCAACGAUUCUGGUGGUCUCACGAACCGUCGCAGUCGCAAAGUCGAUUCUAAAGAGUUCAAGAAGCCCGCUAAGACUCUGCUGGGAGGUCUUCGUUCAAGUCGCAGCGAAAUUGUCGACGACCCUGAAUGGGAAGAGCACUCCGAGGGCGUCAGUCCCAGACGCUCUUCCACCCACUCCACUCCCACGUCGCGCAUGCCUGGGCCCGGCGCCUAUCCUAUGACCACCGACACGAGCGACCAGUUUGACACUGCCAACGAGACCAGCGAUGCCGCUUUCGAGACAGCCAACGAACGUGGCACGGAGACUGAAGGCUUCCACACCGGCGCAGAAGAGUUCUCUGACGACGACGACGCCCAGACCGAGACGGAAAGCCCUUCAAGGUCCCGCAGGCCGCCAGCCUUGACGCUUGCUGGAAACCGAAACUCUUUCCACAGCACGGCGUCGACAUCGGCCGACGAAGAUAUGGAUUACAGCGACCUGAGAACGCCGGUAGCGCACUCUUCACAACAGAAAAUGCGCCUCAAGGUCAGCCGCGGAUUCCUCAACCGACGCUCGCGACAAGCGAGCGAGGAGCCCACCUUCCAGAGCAGCCCGGCCAGUUUUGCAACCAGCAGUGCCAAUGGAACGCCCCAGCAAGCCGGUCAGAGUUUGUUCGCCGAGCUGGCAGAGCUCGAAGGCAGCGACGCCGAGUCCCUCGAUGCAACGCCCAGUCGCAGAGCCAGGUCUAUCACCCCUGCAUCUGUGGCUAAGAGUUCGAGCACUACGCCCUCUGUGCUCGCUUUACCUCAACUUGCGAUGGUCGACAGCGGCAUCAUGACCGACCCUGUGAAGAAGUCCCGCGAGCCAUCGCCCGACCUGACGAGAACGAGACCUGUCAUGGUCGACUGCGGCGUCAUGACCGAACCUAUGGAACCCCUGACCCCGCGAUCCCCAGCCAGCGUCGUUGCUCUCGACAGGCCCACGUCUGUAUCUUCUACGCUCGACGCCGGUACCAACUCAGGUCAGAGUGACACCACUGCCUCGCGUCUACCAGAUUCCCCCCGCUCUAGGCCACAAUCAACAUGGUCGUACAGUGAUGCUGGUGCACAACACGAUCCUGGUAUGGACAGAGAGCUGUCUCAGUUCCCUCUCCCACCCACAAUGCAACAUGGCUUUGCUCUGCCCUCAGCCCCAAGCCUGAGCUUCUCAGCCAUUGACAAUCAAGACAUCGUGCCAGUCCCUGAGCCCGUGGUACUCCCUCCCGCGCCUGCGGCGCUAACGCUCACCGCGUUGGACUCCACCGCCAUUGAGCCGAAAGCCGAGCCUGAGCCCGUUCCUGAACCGGCACCGGCCUUGCGACUGUCGCCGAUUCUCUCGGAGACGGUUGAGCCGAAGGUGGAGCCUGAGGUGGCUGUCCCGGUACCUAUUUUAAAGUACUCACCACUGAUGUCGUCGACCGUGGAGCCCAGGGCCGAACCUGAGGUUAUCCUACCCGCUCCUGUGCUUGGUCUUUCUUCACACUGGUCCGAAGCUGUUGAGCCACGGUCAGAACCUGCGAUGGUACCUCCGCCUCCUCCGCCGGCUCCUGAGCUCGCGUUUUCUGCCUUGGUCUCUGAGAUUGUUGAGCCCAGACCAGAGCUUGAAAUGGCCCCCCCUCCCCCGCCCCCCUAUGCCGCAACUCACACGCUGUCGCCCCGGUUUGCCUUCUCGACCAUCGACUCUGUCGAGACGCGCCCGUUAACCCCUCGCACCCCUAAGCGGGAUGGCUUUAUUCUCCCCCGAGGAAUGGAGUCGCCCUUUGUCAACGCCGAUCAACUGAGAACUCCCGAUGACGCACUGUUUGGCGGCAUUGCAGGCCGAGGGCAGAGCGGCGGCGACGCGGGACCAGUGAUCGCCGAAGACGAGACUCGCCAGUCUCCAAGCGAGUCUCGCCACCCCGACACGCCCGAGUCCCAGAAGCCUUUCAAGGAAAUCUCUUCCAAUGUCGAGUCUCGGCCUGCUCGUAAGCCUGCAGUGUCCAUGUCGGACCAAUCAGCCCAGACUUCUUUGACUGCAGAUGCCAUCGAUGAUAUGUUCAAUGCCAGGUCGAAGAGUCACAACAAGUCCCUCUCGAUGGGCAGCAGCUUUGGCACACCCGGCACCGUUCGUAUUCGACGCUACUCACAAGACCAAGCCAGCUUGAGCAGUGUCCGACGCAUGUCUGUUGAGUCACAACGCGAUACCACGGCGGCGCCUCAGCGACCUGGCAGCGCAAGCAGCCGUCGCAACUCAAACGUGCAACCUAUGCCGCCGCUGCCGCAAAACCAUAUGGAGGUCAUCGAAGCCGCUAGGAGCGGAUCUGCGCACGGAACUCCUGGGACCGCCUCCGUCAUGGGCCCACCUCUGUGGCCGGCCUCGGCCAUGCGCGGUCAGCGACCUCAGACCCCGAGCAGUGUCCGGCCACAAUCCCCCGUGUCCGUCAAGGGCACCCCGACACCAAAGGCCAUUAGGACGGGUACCGCGGCACACGGGACCGCGAUCAUCCACUCACCGACCAAGGCCUCGGCUCGCAGUCGCCGCUCGUCCGUGUCUUCGUUUGCGUCCGAGAUCGAUACGCGCUUUAACAUCAGGGCGAACGGUCUGGGCGUGGACGCGACAGGCUUCGGCCCCAACACGGAUCCUCGCAUGAUUCAGGCCAUCACGCAGACGAUGAUUGGCGAGUAUCUCUGGAAGUACACGCGCAAGGCGGGACGGGGUCAAAUGUCUGAGAACCGACACCGCCGCUACUUCUGGGUGCACCCGUAUACACGUACUCUGUACUGGAGCGACCGCGACCCCUCGACGGCGGGCCGUGCCGAUAUGAAGGCCAAGAGUGUCUCCAUCGAAGCCGUCCGAGUUGUGACAGACGACAACCCGAUGCCUCCUGGCCUGCACCGCAAGAGUCUCAUUGUUGUCUCCCCCGGGAGGCAGAUCAAGUUCACCUGUACGACGGGCUCGAGGCACGAGACGUGGUUCAACGCUCUCUCGUAUCUCCUUCUGCGUACAAACGAUGAAGGCCAGACGGACGCGGAGGAAAUGGCAGGCCACAUUACGCAGGCAGACGUCGACGAGUUCAACCCCCAAGUUGGUGGCAUGCGACCUACGGCCUCGGCGGCGCCCAGCAUCAGGCCGCGUAUGGCCCCGUCGCUGUCUUCUUACAAUUCGCGAACGACGAGGAACCAGUCGCCGGCGAUUGACAUGUCGAUGGAAGUGCCCCGGUUGACGCCAACUCACCAGAAGAAUGCCACGCCGCAGCGGCCGUCGAUUGGAACUCUUGGUCGGCUCAGCGGGUACUGGAAGAACAGCCAGGUCAUUUCGGGCACAUUUUCCAGCCUCCGCAGCCGGACAGCCAGCGGGCAGUACGGCAACAGCAUCUAUGAGGCGAGCGAGGUGCAUGACAGUGCCGAGGAUGUUCGCGAGAUGAUUGAGCGACAAGAUCGCGAAGCAGACAGGCUGGAGAAUGUUCGCGCCUGCUGUGAUGGACGGCACGACGUCGGCACUCUUCACCACCACUCGACCCUCAAGCGAUCCCGAGGCAGCCAUGCGCACUCGCAGACUGGACCAUCGACAACACCGAGCGCCACGCCCAUGAGCACCACCAAAUCCCGCACUUGA